CGGCGCUCUUCUCCUGUUUGCUCGCCUUCGCUUAUAUUUGUCUCAACAGCCGAGAUAUUCCUUGCAUUAUCACCACACGUCGCCGUUGCGCCUCUUUUGAAGCGGAAAUUCCGUGUAUUUUCAUUGCUAUUCGCCUAUGCUGCUGUCCCCGUUGCCUGUCUGUGUGGUGCGGUGCUCGACGAGUCCGUGGAACUGGAAUAUCAUGGCCGCCUGAGCAAGUUCCAGUCUCUCUGCUUUCCUUUCUCUCUUCAAAACCGGGAUCUUUCAUUUUUUUCAGCUUUUCUCGGGUUCUACCUUCGUUUAAAGGAUUUAUGAUUCAUGUCAAAGCCUCAACAUGCAGCCUCCCCCGAGAAAGGUAAAAGUUACCCAAGAGCUGAAGAACAUUCACACUGAACAGAUGAGCAGACUACAAGCCAAACACCAGGCAGAAUGCGAUUUACUGGAAGACAUCAGGGCUUACAGCCAAAAGAAAUCUGCAAUAGAAAAGGACUAUGCACAGGCGCUCCAGAAGUUAGCCAGCCAGUACUUAAAGAAAGAUUGUCCAGGUGUGAAAACAGAAGAACAAACUGAUUACAGGAAUGUCUAUACAGUAUGGAAGUCUUUUUUAGAAGGGACUGUGCAGGUGUCUCAAUCUCGCAUUAACAUCUGUGAAAACUACAAGAACCAGAUCUCGGAACCAGCCAAGUCUCUGAAACUGCUGAAGGAACAGCAGUUAAAAAAGUGCAUAGACCAGUUGACCCGUAUCCAAUCGGAGUUGCAGGAUACUGUAAAGGACCUGGCGAAAUCCAAAAAGAAGUACUUUGAAACGGAACAGAUGGCUCACACAGUGAGAGAGAAGGCAGACAUUGAAGCCAAGUCUAAGCUAAGUUUAUUUCAGUCAAGAAUAAGUUUACAGAAAGCCAGUGUAAAGUUAAAAGCCAAGAGAAGUGAUUGCAACUCAAAAGCCACGCACGCCAGGAAUGAUUACCUUCUGACGCUGGCAGCUGCGAAUGCACACCAGGACCGUUACUAUCAGACAGACCUGAUGAACACCAUAAAAGAUCUUGAUGGCGACAUCUACGAUCACGUAAAGGAUUAUUUAAUAUCAUUCAGCCGGACUGAACUCGAGACCUGCCGGUCCACACACAAUACAUUCCAGUUUCUGUUGGAAGCGUCCAGCAGGGUGAUGCAGGAUUUCAAUCAGCAGCUGUUUCUGCAGGAGAAUCCAGUCUUUCACAAAACACAAGUCUUUCACUUCCAGCCCAGUGACAGCGACAUGAAGUUAAAUGCUGUCCAGCUGGUGGACGUUGAGCCCUCACCUGUCAGUGCUAUGAGAAUGACUUUAGCCGAGAGCCGACAACUGGAGUCUGAGACUGGGACAAGCGAAGAGCACAGUCUGAAUAAAGAAGCUCGUAAAUGGGCAACAAGGGUGGCCCGGGAGCAUAAAAAUAUCAUUCAUAACCAACGGGCCUUAGAGGAGUGCGAUACCCACGGGGUUGUGCCAACAGAACAAAGUCGUACUGAACUGGAACAAAAAGUCGAGGAAGCAAAAGAAAAUAUCCGGAAAGCAGAGACGGUGAAGCUGAAGGCAGAGGCCCGCCUGGACUUGCUGCGUCAGAUCGGGGUAUCUGUGGACACGUGGCUGAAGAGUGCCAUGAACCAAGUGAUGGAGGAGCUGGAGAACGAGCGCUGGGCCAGCCUCCCGACCCUGUCCAACCACGACUCCUCGCUGUCGACAGGAGCAGACGAGAGAGAGGAGGGGGAGGAGUUUGAGGACAACAUGGAUGUAUUUGACGACAGCAGCUCCAGUCCUUCCGGCACCUUGAGGAACUACCCACUGACAUGCAAGGUCCUCUACUCCUACAAGGCUUCACAGCCAGAUGAGCUGACUAUAGAGGAACAGGAGGUGCUGGAGGUUAUUGAAGAUGGGGACAUGGAAGACUGGGUGAAGGCAAAGAAUAAAGGUGGGCACGUUGGCUAUGUCCCGGAGAAGUACCUUCAGUUUCCCACGUCCAACAGCCUCCUAAGCAUGCUGCAGUCCCUGGCAGCCCUGGACGCACGGUCCCACACAUCGAGCAACUCAACAGAGCCUGAGCUGGCAUCGGGCAGCAUGAACGGAGACGCGAGUGUUAGUUUUGUGAAGGCGCUGUACGAAUACGACGGGCAGACAGAAGACGAGCUGUCGUUCCCGGAGGGGGCCAUCAUCCGCAUCCUGAACAAGGACAACCAGGAGGAUGAUGGCUUCUGGGAGGGGGAGUUCAACGGGCAUGUGGGCGUCUUCCCCUCUGUGCUGGUGGAAGAGCUGGUUGGCUCAGAGAAUGGCGACUCCCAGUGGAUUGGAGGGGACGUGCAGAUUUCUCCUUCCUCGAAGCUGCAGACUUCCCUCCCUCCUUUGCCACUGUACGACCAGCCGCCCUGCAGCCCCGACAAUAACAACUCGCAGUUCUUCCCCAGGUCACCCUCUGUGAACGAGCACAAUAGUUUCAGUUCAGACUGCCCUGGCUUCUCUCAGCUGCCCCGAUUAACCCCAGACAGCGCUCAGGGCAAGCUUCGACCUGUGCGAGCUGCCCCCCCUCCCCCCACACAGCACCCCCGCAGAAAGGCGGAGAAGACGGAGGAAGUGGAGAUCACCUUGGUGUAACAGCGCUGAACUCUUCCGUGAUCCACACAAACUGAGCUCCUCGUCGGAACAGUGGCCAGUCUUGUAGUUUUGCAUUGGGAAAUGUCUCUAAGCACGAGAAGGGAUAAAAGAGUGACGAGUAUCGCAGGUGCGAUUCGGGGAUGGCAAGCGACUUCUUCAAAGUCACAAAUGUUUUGUGCCUGACUUGCGCAUCCCUCUUCAUGGGCAUUGAAACCAGAACAGACUGACUGUCGGAGUAAAGAAAGACUGAAAGCUAAAGAAUGGCCUUGGCUUCUGGAUGAAGAUGAUUGGAGCAGACUGAGGCUUUUUUUUUUUUUUUUAGGCCUCGUUACAUGUAGUCCUAUCAUACGUAUAUAAUGUGCAUUAGUACAGUACAUUACUGUUGCCAUAGGAAUGUUCAGAAUCCGCUAAAUGUUUCUUCAUAUAGCAUUACCAAGUCUAUACUUUAUUUGAUAUAUAACAGAUACUGUUGAGGUCCAAACGAAAGGGAAUUGACUGACAUGUUAGAGGGGGCUGGUUCCUCUUCUAUGAAUUCCUCUUCAUAAAAAAAAAUUUAAAUAAAGUUACGCUCUUAUCUCAUAGAUAAGGGAGAUGUGGCAAUUGAAAUUAGAAACUGUUCUACUCUUUUCAGCUUUUACAAUGGUGUCUGUAUUACUAAUAUUUAGUCCAAUGUAACAAAUAAAAAAAUGCUAUACAGAUUUAUUCAUAUAGGAAUUGGUGGUAAUCACGAACACUGAUCUAGAUAAUGUAGAGAUAGAUAAGUCUCUACCUCGCAUUUCACUUCUAUCAUAGUGGCUGAGUUAAGCAGUCAGUGUAUGUAUGUAUGUAUGUGGAUCACUAUUUGAAUAUAAGUUGCUGUGCAUCAUAAUACACAUAUAUCUAUUUCCUGGAUCUAUGCUGUUUCUACAUUUAAGCACUAGAAGGUGGAGCUUUCUGACAGGCGAAUUGUGUCUGACAGGAAUUUAUCAGGCUAUGAAACAGUAUUUAAUAAAACUAGAGCGUAGCUGCAAUGCCAUUUCUGAUACUUACAGACUGAAACAGAAAUAGGAAUUUCAGAAGCAGUUCAUCGUUUAUUUAUGUUUUUUAUAAAGCUGCGUUUUCAGACUAUAUAUAUAUAUAUAUGAGGGGGUAGUCCUUUCUUUGAUAGAUUUGUUAUUCCAUAGGAAGUCGAGGCAGGUUUUGAUCCAGUUUAACGACACUAUAUUGUCAGUUAUCAGCCCCUAUCACUGAAAGGGAUGGAUUAUUAUAAAGUCUGUGACCCUUUGAAGAAGCACACUGUAGGCACACCCAAUGAAGAUAGUAAUAUGAAAUGCUUUGCAAGUUAAAAAGUGCAUAUUUACCAGAAACAUGAAAACAAACUUCAAAAAUUGAGUUCAAUGUCAGAAAUCCUUAUUUAAUUUCUGCUAAAACUGUCCUGUCCGAUGACGCCAACCCCCAUUCGUUUCAAUCUUUGCUUUUGCUACUGUUGUCUCAAAUGAUCUUUUUGUGUUGCGUUUGCCACACAUAUAUUUAGACAGACUAAUGUAUUUUGUUAUUCUCCAGUUAUGGUUUUUACAGUUGGGGGGGGGGGGUACAUUAAUGAAAGCAUCUACAGUAGUCCUGAUGGGAGGGGGGAAUGCGGUUAACAUUUACAUAUCAAAAGUUUUAAAGGAAACAAAAUCUGUCAACUUUAUAAUACGCCAGUGGCAUUUUACCAGUAGUCCAGACUGUUAAGUUGAUGUGCUUGUUUCUGACAGGAAAAAAAAGUUGUUUUUUUGUUUUUUAUAUCUAUAUGUAUGUGUAUAUAUGUAUAUGUUUAUUUAGGUAUACAUAUAUAUACUGUAUAUGUUCGCACCACUGGUACUGUCCUAUCUUUUUGUUGAUCUCUCUGAGAUCUUUUGAAUGUUAUGAAACUUGUUUUGAAGUUUAUGGUUUACAGCAUUCAUGUUUUUCGAAGAUGCUUUUUUGUAAGCAGAUUCCCCUUCUUUAUUUUAUUUGCCAGUUUGUCUUCUAUUUUAAAUUGUGUUUCUCUGGAAAUAGUCAAAUGUAGUAUUAUUUGAAAAAAAAAAAAAAACAUUUUAUUUUAUUUUUUAUGAGCUGCUAAAAAAAAAGAAAACAUUAAACAAAUUUCGCUGAAGCUUCUGUACAAAGGGCUUACUAUCUACAAAACACAGUGUCAAUAUUUGAGAACAUUGGUGCAAAAUUCUUGCUGCAUUGCAUUGGCUGUAAAGUUUGUAUUUAUUAUGUACAAAUGUUAAAUAAUAAAAAAGUCAAACUUUA